GGGGAGAAGCCAUAUUUGUGCUCUGACUGCGGGAAAUGUUUUGCCCAAACAUCACACCUUUUCAGACAUGUAAAGGUUCACUCGGAGAGAAAGCCAUUUUUGUGUUCCGAGUGCGGAAGGUCUUUCAAGGAAAAAGCCCAUCUUUUACGACACCAGAAGAUCCACACAGGGGAAAAGCCAUACAUCUGCCCCGUGUGCGGGAAACACUUUCGUGAAAAGGCAAAUCUUUUACAGCAUGACAUAAGCCACACGGGCAAUUAUCCACAUAGUUGUCCUCAGUGCGGGAAACGUUUUCUAAGCAAGUCACGUCUUGAUAUCCACCAGAUGAGGCAUCAAAAAAUUCACUCAGGGGUGAAGCCUUAUGUCUGCUCUAUGUGCGGGAAAUGCUUUCAGUAUCAAUCGCAUCUCACCAGACAUGAAAAGAACCACAAAGGGAGGAAUUCAUAUUCCUGUUCGGAUUGUGGGAAGUAUUUCUCAAGGAAACCAGCUCUUAUCUCCCAUCAACUUACACAUGUAACAUCCCAUUAUGACUCUGGGGUUGUUCCUUCUCUUAUAGGUGGAGUGCCAUAG